CUCGAGAUGAGCUUUCUCAGCCCUUCUUUUGCAGGAAGGCUGCGUUCCCCUGCAUGUUGAGUAUUUGAAUCACAGUGGUCAGAUUGGUGCUUGAUCCUGACCGCCAUGGGCACCCAAAAGUUGACAGAUAGUCCAAGUUGUGUGGAUUCGGUGGGUGCUUUGCCAAGAGCGAUAUGGGCUGAGAUGUCGUUAGCGACUGGCAAAGGGUUGCCAAAAGACGCAGGAAAAUUUGGAAUGUGCACUAGCAUUCCUGGAGCUCAUUAUUUGCUGGCCACAAUGACUGGAGCUUUGCCGCUGGCUCCCAGCAAUGCACUCCAACUGGGGCUGGGAAUUUGCGUCCCUGAGGCGUGUCGACCAGGAGACGUGCCGCUGAUCUUGAAUUCCACCAUUGGGUUGGAAAUCAUCCCAGACUUGCAAACCCUCACGAUUGCGAAUGUCCACGCUUCAGAUCCAAUUGAUGGCUUGGCAGCUCCGAGUCUUCGUUGCUGGCUUUCCGUGGCAGUGCUAGCUUCGUUGAUGCUCAUAUCGGUUUUGUCCACCGCAUUUGCGCACGUCUCAGCGUCGAGGCAUCAGGAUUCUCGAAGUGGAGGUUCGCCGAGAAACUCGACCUUCCUGCAGGCUUUUUCGCUGAUUGGACGCAACGGCACUCUGACAAAACUGGUGGAACAGCCGCCGCCGAAGCCGACAGACUCCCUCAAUGGAUUGCGGGUUCUUGCAAUGGCAUGGAUCAUCCUGGGCCAUUCUUUCUUAAUGCCUGAAGGCGUGUCUGGCUAUUCCAACCCGCAAGAUAUUACCAGCAGUAUUUUGAACAAAGACUCAGCUGAAAAUAACCCGAUGCUCAUGCUCAUCAUCCAAGCCGAACAGAGUGUGGACACAUUCUUCUUUUUGUCUGGAUUCCUCCUCUCCCACUUGAUGUUGAAAGAACUCAGCAACCGGGGACCUAACCCCGUGCUUGCGGUAUUGUUGCGGUAUUUUCGUUUGACUCCAAGCUUGGCGCUUGUAAUGUUGGUGUACUAUGGGAUAGUGCCGUAUCUGGCAUCGGGACCUUUCGCAGUGAUUUUGCAGGAUUCCAUUUUUCGUCGAUGCGAUGGGUCUUGGUGGUCAGAGCUGACCUACACAAUGAACUUUAUUCCGUUUGAUUCUGAUAAAGUGUGUAUGGGCUGGACUUGGUACCUUGGUGAUGACAUGAUUUUCUUCGUGUUGGGUUGUGUGCUGGUGCCCAUCUAUCACAGGAAGAAAGCUCUAGGCUGGUGGCUGCUGCUGUGCCUGAGUGGCCUCUCCAUGGGAGUUACCGCUUGGCUGAUCGCCAGAUACCAUCUUUCGCCAUACGUGUUCGACAGCCACUACACUGAGUAUUCAUAUUAUGCCUACAGCAAGCCCUACACAAGGGCUCCAGCGUACUUUGUUGGAAUAUCCGCUGCCUGGUUGCUGGGAACCUUGGAAGAGAAGGGUUUGACACGGGAGAGCCAGCCACAUCGUCGUCACCCACUUGCAGCCACAGCUGUUGCCAUCCUGUCAGCAGCUGUAUUGUGCUUGGUUGUUUUUAUUCCAGCCACGGAUUUCGGUGCAUCUAAGAACAGCUGGAACGACUUUGAGAGUAUUCUGCUCCUUGAUUUUGGGAGAGUUGCAUGGGCUUUGUCCUGGGCUGCGAUAACAAUUCUUUGCUAUUAUGGCUGUUUGCCUUGGACGAAUUCUUUUUUGGCACACCCGGCAUGGACACCCCUUGCUCGGCUGACCUAUGGUGCCUACCUGCUGCAUCCCCUUGUCAUCAAAUUGGCAGCAGGGACUUCGGUGCAGUAUUACACUUUUAGUGGCAUGGAAGUGUGCUACCGUUUUGUAGGAAAUUGCUUCAUGGCAUUCUCCUCUGCAAUUGCUUUGUGGUGUUUGAUUGAAAGGCCUGUCAUGACACUCACUUCAGCAGGACUGAAGAAACCACAGGCCUCAGCGCGGAAGAUUGAAUCCUCCAAUUCAGGACCAACACUUGGACCUGCCGCCACGUGUGAGAGCAGUGGGCCGUCCAGCGGGGCUUUGCCUAGCUCGCCAUAGGUAGCCCAAGAGUGGCAGGGGCAGGAUGUCCCUACACAUCCAAAUUUGAGCCUGCCUUUUUAUGGUUUGCCUGCGGCAGACUGUGAUUCCUUGAGCUUGGAAGUUGGCACCUACAACGUGCCACAAACAAGACAUCUGAUGAAGGAGCACUUGGCUUCAGCAUCAGAAGUAAAUACCGAAGGCAAACUGCACGGCCUCCCUUCCCUGUUUGCAGUCUGCAGUGAUUCAAGGACCUGCAAGUUGGGUAAGUAUCCCUCUACUGUGCGUUUGACUAGUGGACCAGGUGUUUCUUUCAGAUCUGAACAUCAUCGCCGAGCCUUUAACGAGCAUGAAAUAGGCGGUCUAAACCCAUUGGAAAAUACAAAAGAGAAUGCCAAACAAUCUGUUUUUUGUUUGUUUUUUCCUCGUCCUAG